AAAUGACUUUAAUGCAUGCUGGAAUAAUCAGGAAGGCCAGAGCAACGUAUUGGCUUUUGGAGUAUUCUGAAUCCCAUUCUCUGAAAUCCUAAUGGACUUGCACAACCUAUCAAUUGAUUUUAAGGUCAUUGUUCUCUAACGGUUGCCUACUAAUUUAUUGUAAACUCAUUAAAAGCAAGGGAUCAAGAAAGGACCUGGGGGCCUAGCACCUACCUAGUCUCAGAUUUGGAGUAAUGUGACCAGGUUCGAUCAAGGCCUGUUUCUUUAUCUGUCACUUUAGUGGGAUGGCCUAAAUGACUCCGAAGUUCGGACCGUGGGUCUCUUUAGGUAAGUCAGAUAAGACUUAUCAACAGCCUUCAUGUGAAGGUUAAAGGUGAGCCACAAGCAGGUUCCAGCCCCUCAAGGUUGGAGGCCCGCCGCCCGCCUCCCUCCCGCCCCCUGAGUCGCGGGGACCAAUCAACGAACUCGCGGAGACCAAUCAACGAGCUCAGAGGGGGCUCGCGCGCAGAGUUCGCGGGAAGACGGUCGCCGACAGCGGCAUGUUCCGGGGCCAGCGAGCCUGGUUUUGCCGAAGCGUGAGCCAGGAUCUGCAGGAGCUCUGGGUGGCCCAAGGCGGAGUGAUCUGCAACGCUCGGGAGGCGGACUUUCUGUUCAGCUGUGACGCCUCGCACCCUGACACUAUGAGAAUAUAUCAAAGCUUUGAUUACAUGGAAGACAAUGCUACAGUAUUCCAUGCUUAUUAUCUUUCUGCAAUAGCGAAUGCUGAUAUGAAAAAUACAGUGUCUUUGGGUCACUAUGUCCUUCCACCUGCCUGCCUGCAAAAAGAAAUAAGAAAAAAAAUUGGUAAUUUUAUUUGGGAGCAAAACAAUCAUGUGAUGACAGAGAAGCCCAAUGAGGUAAAGCCAAGUGAAAUAAAGAAUCUCAGGAAAAAUACUGAAUUAUCAAGACAACCUGAAAAAGAUAUAUACAUAAGCACAAAAAACCAUUUCUCAAGGACUCCAGUUACAGGAAAACAACUGUAUUAUCCUCUUCAGAAUUAUCCGGUGAAUAACAUGGUAACAGGUUAUAUCUCUAUUGAUACAAUGAAGAAAUUCCUUGGGGAGCUACAUGACUUCAUUCCUGGAAGCUCAGGAUACUUGGCAUAUCAUGUUCAAAAAGAAAUCAACCUCUUUUCUGCUGUAAAAAAUAAAUUGAAGAAAAAAUGUUAA